CCAAUCACACAAAUCACAAACCAUGACCUGUUCCUGUUGUCCUUCAGCAGCAUAAUUGAAAAUAUAAAACUGUUCUAGCGAGGCCUUAAACUGAACUCGGUGAAGUAAACUUUUGUUUCCUAAGAGGUUCGCUAAGGUGAUUGAUGGCAGCAAAAAAACGCAAACGUCAGUUGGCUUUUGAACUUCAGAACUUGCGUGUUUAUGAAAAGCAAAGUAUAACGGUACUCAAAGUCAAAUUUAACAGACGUUCUAAAUUUUUACUGUGUAAAAUGCCGAAAAACAAAUAGUACCGUUUGAAAGUUCUUUGAAAGAGGUUUCAUAUGAAUGGUAAUACCGUAGAAUUUUGCCCACAGACGCAUAGACUCAAAAGUUAGAACCACCUUACUAGUCACAGGAGAUGUUACACAGGACGAUUUGCCGCGACACAUCAUUUCAACAUUGUUACGACAUUGUUUUGAAUGGUUGCAACAUUUUCCCAACAUUUCAGCGCUGUGUUGUGCUAACAAUCGUCGUUGCGAAUCGUCCCGUGUAACAUCACCUAACGAGACUCCGUCAUUCACUCUGGCAGUGAUCAGAGUUAAGGUGGGUCGAUGGUCUUUUCAACUGCCUGACUACCAAUUCUCAACCUUGAAGAAAUACACUUGGACAUGAUUUUCCCGAAACAUCAUCGUUAGAUGCAAACUAGCAAUAUAUUGAAGUUUGAUUUGCAGUUAGGUUUUUGAAGCUUGGAGUGUCCUUAGCAACGCGACGUUCCCAUGGAAAGCUUUUGUUAUUUGGUAUAAAACGUCAUUUUUGUGCUUUAUUCCACCGCCAAUGGUGCGACAUAUUUCCUUUAUAGAAGCCACACCUUUACUUUCAAAAUUGUGGUAGCAUGUAUUGGUCGCACAAUAGUCCUAAAGGGAUUUACAUAGCCUGCUUAGCAGGCGCUUGGAGGUAAUGGGCGCUGCACCCGUUCUCUCUUACGCCUAUUACUUCCAAGCGCGUGCUAUGCAAUAGUAACACAAAGCGCGUGAUACAAAAUACUAACACAAAGCUUUAGUGGAACGCGCUACAUGUACAUGUACCCACACAUAUAUCGCGAUCCUAUGACCAGAGAAGUGUAAAAACUGUCGAAUCCCUCUGAGUUGUUUCAUUUUCUUUGACUUUCAGUUUUUUGACGACGCGCCCAUCUUUAGAAUUCCCGGCCGAAGAUUCCCCGUGAACAUCUACUACACUAAAGUGAGUCGCAAAAUGUAUUUUUUCCACAAACCAAGAGAUGGUUUUAUCAGCUGAGUUGUAGGGUAGAUUGGCUACUGUAGCGAGAUGGAGUAGCUCACGUUUGCGAAAUGAAAGCCCUGUACCUUCCUGUUCAUAUAAUGUCAGCAUUAUAUUUUUCACGAGCCUAGUUUAGAAUUUGUUGUUUACUGGAUCAAUGAUUGUUACGGUACUUUUACCACAAUCGGUGCAAAGACAAAAAUUUCAAGUUCUUCCCCUAGAACUGUGUAGAUAGACCCAAGGACACAAUACCCUCCUCUGCAAGCAGAGAAAUGAAAUCGUUUCUGAUUGGGUCACCCAUUCUGGCUCUAUCUUGGUCAAUAUUGGCCCAAUUGAUACCAAGCUUGGAAUUUUGUGAAGCUCGGUUUGCUCUUUCUGGCGAUUUUGGUCUAGUGUUGAUAAUCCUAUAACACACAAACUAGUACCCAGUCCCCCACGAUGUGAUAGUCGACAAUGGCACAAUAAGAUAUCUAAUUAUCUAAAAACACCUUAACAUGUUGUAACCGUGGCAAACUUUUUCAAACUUUCAGAUGAGAGCGUACAGACAUCAUCAGACAGGGCUGUGAAAUUUUUCCUUGAGUGUACCUUUUUCUGGCCUUAUGUCCAGCAGUUUUUAGCCGUUUUCUUCUCUCAACAAUAUUCCAAACUACUCGGAGAUUUUGGUGGUUAUGGUGACUAGCUUGUUAACAACUUCUUAACUGAACUUUCCCCAGGCUCCUGAAGCUGAUUACUUGGAAGCUGCUGUGGUAACUGUUUUACAAAUUCACGUGACCCAGCCACCGGGUGACAUCCUGGUGUUUUUAACUGGCCAAGAAGAAAUCGAAGCUUCUCAGGAGCUAUUGCAGGAGAGGACACGCAAGCUGGGAUCCAAGAUCAAUGAGCUCAUCAUUUUGCCCAUCUAUGCCAACCUGCCGUCGGAUUUGCAAGCCAAGAUAUUUGAGCCCACCCCUCCUGGGGCCAGAAAGGUUAGACAAACUGUUUGGCCGGUUUCCUGGAGUAAAGCAAAUACACAAUUUAGUAGAGACAAGUUGACGUCAUUAUUUUAAGUGAGUCGGCAAAAGAAAAAAACGAGGAACAAAGGAUCGAAAUACAAACUAUUAUUUUGACAAUUUUCAAAACACCCGGUCAAUCUGAGGAAAUGUUUAAAAGCUGAGGUUGCCUUACGCGUCUUAAUCAUGUUAAUUCCUUCGGCCCGUUUCUCCACUGUUUUUCCGGAGAGCUGUGUGAGAUGUUUAUGUUAGAUAUUUCAGUUUUACUGGUAUUGAAAAUUUAUGCGAUAACAUGCAAAGUAACCGAAACAAAUUGGAUAGGUGUAUGAGCUAAAUCCUACUUUACGAUGAUGCAGCGUUCCAAAAACAAGGAAACAAAUUAACAAAUUACUCGUGACCAUUUACACUGUAUCCUCUAAUACAGACAUGCGUUUGUUUCGUCACGCAGUCCACCUCAAAUCAUCAACAGGGGCGAGUAACAGUUGAUGGGCCAAAAGAACGCUUGCAGAGUAGGAAGGUCACCAUUUAGGUUCCUAAAUAAAUUUGCUUUUGGCUUGUCACGCAGUCCGCCUCAUACUGACGAGGGAGGAGGGGUUGGGGGGGAGCGCGUGAUGAAACAAAAGAAUGCCUUCGUAGGACGGGAAUACCUAUUUAGCCUUUAAAUUUGUAUAAUUCCUUGUUAAAUCUUUCAAGUUGGUUUCUAGAGUGCUUUUCGUUUACUUUUAUCAGGUUGUACUUGCCACUAAUAUUGCGGAGACCUCUUUGACUAUUGAUGGCAUCAUCUACGUUAUUGAUCCAGGGUUUUGUAAACAGAAGAGUUACAACCCUCGCACAGGAAUGGAAUCGCUAUUGGUCACACCCAUCUCUAAAGUAAGAUCUCCUGUGAAACAGUCUUGUAUUUUGAUCGCUUGAAAUAAUUUGUGAACGCAACCAUAGGAUGCUCGAGUCGCGAAACAGGCCAGUGGAAUCUUGCUUUCAAAUCACAACACGAGCAAGCAAGUCAAGGAGUCAACUUGUACUGCAAUCAAUAGGCAUUAAGGAUAUAAACUAAAAGUUACUAUAAAUAUUGACCGCACUUGCCUGUUAGUUUUGUAGGGGCAUAUUGCCACUACAUCGCCUUGGCCCUAAAGCGCCAUACGAUAAAAUAACUUCAAAGAAGGAGUUUUCAACAAAGCGAGGCAGUAGGGUAACCUACAACUUUGCAAAUUAUGUCUUGUGUAAUCAGUUUUGUGGAAGCGUGAUGGCCGAGAGGUUAAGACCUCUAACUUCGGAUCUAUAGCCCCGGAUUUUAAACGCUCGUCGGAAAAUUCAAAUUAAACCCCAUAAGGGAGACCAAUGUGGGUGUGGCUCAAGCUUAUACUGACCCCUAAGGGAGAUUUCUGUGAGGUCAAGGUCAGGGCAGUUUUUGUGAAUUUCUUUAUGCACAGUACUAAGCGAUACCUGAAUGGGCAAUUAUAGUGACUUUCCAUCCCAAAAACCCUAAGUGAGACCAAAAUCUGCAAUUUAUACCCCAAAGCGAGACGACGAGCAUUUACGUCACUUUUAUAUGGGAGUUCCCCCGGCAUAUCUGCUAGGGGUAACUAGGCGAUUGACCAGCAUGCUAUCCGGGGGUAGUAGCACAGUGCUUUUAGGUGAUCCUUACUCCAACCACCGGUAUAAGGUCACGACUUAGAAACGCCUUUACCUUUUACCCAUAUUUGAAAAAUGUUCUGGUUGAUUUAUAUCCAGUGUGGAAUGUUCGUCUCCUCAGGCAUCAGCCAAUCAGCGUGCAGGACGUGCUGGUCGCGUGGCAGCAGGCAAAUGUUUUAGGAUGUACACAGCGUGGGCGUACAAGAACGAGCUGGAAGACAACACUAUUCCUGAGGUAACUACGAUUUACUCCUCCGCUUUUUUAAACCAGUGUGGUGGCAAAUCUAUGUUGUAGCCUUUGUGACAAGCACAAGAGUAGCGAACGCAUGGCGCAAUGUGAUUAGAGAGUAUAGAUUUUUUUGUGUGUGUUGUGUUGUUUUUGUUCUUUGUUUUCGAAAAAUGUGAAAGACAGAGAUAAACACGGAAUUCUUCCGCCGUUUGUCGUGGAUUUUGUCUGUUGUUUGCUGCUUGCAACUUCAACGUGCGGAAGGCUCUCUCCCACCAUCAGACACACACUCUCACUCGAGUUAUACUCCAAAGGAAGUAACUACAUUACACAACCAAAUAACGAGCUGGUCAUAAAAGAUGGGGGCCACCUAGUCUUCGAUCAAGGCUUGAGGGAUAGGCUUUUGGCGGGGGAAGGUGGGGGGAGGGUAAAACAUUCUUCCCUUUCUUUUCCAAACUACCCCCCGCCCCCCUUCCUUCUCCAGUAGAACCACUUCCUCCAUUGCUUUGGCCAAACUUAGCUCCCAAUAUCGUCACGUUCACCCGUUCUCCUACGAAGAGGCUGCCAGUGUUUUUAAUACUGAACACAUGGCUAAAUAAUAUUUGCAUGAAGCUCUAUAUACUUUCUCGUUCGUCUACCGUGAUUCCAAGAACUAUUAUCCGAUAGUGGUCUUCAAAAAGUUUUAUAUUUCAUUUCAUUUCAUUUUGUCUUCUGUAGAUCCAAAGAACAAAUUUAGGGAACGUGGUUCUUCUUCUCAAGAGUCUGGGUAUCAACGAUUUGAUUCAUUUCGAUUUCAUGGAUCCCCCUCCAGCGGAAACUUUGAUCAUUGCCCUUGAACAGCUCUAUGCAUUGGGGGCACUGAAUCAUCACGGAGAACUUACCAAGGUAAGUAAUAUACCACUUUUCUUAGGUGUUCGAAACUGUUAUUAAGACCAUCACUCUUGUUUAAGAAAUGGACAAAGUGUCACAGAUGGUAUCUUAAACAUAGAAAUGAAAACGCCACCAGUUUGAAGGAGCAUUUGCCACUUAAGUAACGAGAGGGAGACUGGGUCGAGUUAACUUUCGCAGUGAAUUCUGGGACUGUUGCCAUGGACGGAAAAAAAUGGCCAAUAGCUGAUCGGCGCGUCCGCAGUAACCAUCCCAGAAAGAAUUGCGGGACGCAGUUCGGCUCGAGUUCCCAUCUCAUUUCUAAAGUGGCGAAUAGUAGAAUGAUCUACUCAGAAAAAAAAGAGUGAUUCAAUUUUCCCUGCAGUCGUGAAGGAUAUUCACUGCUUUUCAGAUUAACAGCUUAGCUGGUCAUCAGGUUGUUACUUUCAAAGCAAUUUUUUGUGCAUAUGGUGACAGAAGAUCCAUCAGGGCGGCAUUUCGUGCAUACGUGUAAAGCAAAUUGUGUGGUGUUUAAUAAUCAUUUACCGUUUUCUUUCUUUGCAGCUCGGUCGUCGCAUGGCAGAGUUUCCUGUGGAACCAAUGACGUCAAAAAUGCUGAUAGCGUCUGAAAAGUACGCAAAAGAAAGUACUUUUGACAAAUUCCCUCACUUUUUUUUCUUUUCCUGAAAGCAAAAUAAGCUUUUUAAUCUGAACUUUUCAAUAAAGAGUAUAUGAAGCAUACAUCACGAAAACGUAUCGAAAAACAUAGAAUGAAAAACAGUAUUUAUUUAAUGAUUUAUUUUAUUUUAUUUUUUUCACAAAGUUGCUCCCAGUGAGGCUCGCGUUACGAAGCGCCGGGGGUAAAAUUUUCGCUCUAAAGACGUGAGUCUCGCGAGACACGUUCCAGACCUUCCCGCGUUUGAUGAGUUGUGCAUUUUCUUCCAACGCAAAAAUAUGCCUAUUUCGCAGUGUACCAGUUGUAAAGUUGCGUAGUCGAGCUUACGAAACCCAGUUCGAAGUUUUGCGUAGUUGACGAAAUAUUGUUGGACUGUGUGAUAUAGUUUCCUACAAAAGAAAUGCCGAAAAAGAUAAUUGUAUUCUAAGUAAGAAAUAUGAAGUAUUAGGAAACCCUAAGAAGCAGUUCCUUCACACAUCUGCCUCCAAUUUGAUUUGUAGAUACAAGUGCGUAGAGCAGAUUCUCACCAUCACCGCCAUGUUAUCCGUCAACAACGCCAUCUUCUAUCGUCCUAAAGACAAAGUUGUGCACGCGGACAACGCGCGUGUGAAUUUCUUCCGUCCCGGCGGGGACCACCUGACCCUUUUGAAUGUUUAUGAUCAGUGGGCAGAGACAGAUUACUCAACUCAGUGGUGUUAUGAAAACUUUAUUCAGCAUCGUUCUAUGAAGAGAGCCCGCGAUGUUCGUGAGCAGCUGGAAGGACUGAUGGAGAGGGUGGAGAUUGAGAUAUCUUCUAAUCCCAAUGAUUCAGUGCCGAUGAGAAAGGUAACUGCUUCCUUUGGCCGGAUUAAGAUAUUAACAAAUGGAAACGUUUCUGCGCUAACACAUAUGGCAGAUUUAGCAGUAACCACGAAACGUCAAAUGAUAACGCGAAGUGCAUGGUAAGGACUGAACGCGACUUUCGGUGCUUUAUGUUCUGCUCUGCUAUUGGCUUAUACGAAUUUUAAAUCUGGGCGCGCCGCUUGCGCGCCAGCGUUGCUCUCGUGACGUUCUCUUUUGCUUAAUCUGCCUAUUGUCACAUGUCGAGGAGAGUUAACUUUAACAUUGUUUAACAGGCUCUUUCAAUUUCGUAAAAAAUCUUGCUAGUGCCUUUUUUUGUCAUUUUGUUUUUACCCACUAGCAUUGUAAUUUCCUCGCUACCUACAAAAUGGAAAUAGCAAAGGCUAGUCUAGGCGGGUAGUGGCUGCCGUUCAUCCACUCUUCUUAUAUGAUGAUGGACUUAAUUAUCUACACCCAGGGUUAGUCCUCGGCGGCACUCACAAAGCCUACUGUCUAUGUGACUGUCUGAAGCAUCCGUUCGCCCUACAUUGUGCAUUGGGCAAUUUGCCCUGGGAGUUUGCUCCCAAAUAUUUAACCGGUUAAAUAUCGUGGAGCAUUUUGCGGGGUGGAAAUUCUGCUCCCGAGGAUGAAGUAUACCCAUGAAAUCGUUGGUACACACGGAGGAGCUUUGCUCCCGGAGCGUGCCCCUGGAGCAUGCUCCAGGAGCAAAAUCCCUCGUGUGUAUCGGCCUUUAGGGUGGUGUUCGUCUUAUAGCGAUACUCACGCUGAAGUCACCUAGUGAUAUUAAUGUGCCAACCAGAAGGGCAUUAGUUCUUGAAACAAAAUAUUCGUUUUUUUCACUCGUUACAAGUUCCAGUAACAAAAACAAUGUUUGUAAACGUUGAUGUCUCCUAUAGGGUUGUCCAUUAAAGGAGUUGACUUCCAUUAUUGCUGAGAUUUACACUGACUUACUUGUUGUUGGUUUACAGGCCAUUACCGCAGGAUACUUUUACCAUACGGCAAGACUGGGUAGGAGUGGCCAGUACAGGACAGUGAAACAUCAGCAGGUUGGUGGAUUAAACUCCAUUCAUCAUAAUACAAAGUCUUUUCUACUCUCUUGACAUUUUGCAUAAAUUAAUUGGUGGAGGGGGGGAUGUCUAUAGAAUAAAAAUUCUUAUGACCUCUGUGCUUAAGCGAGUUUUUGUGGCUUGUUUGUUUAGAUCACGCUUCGUACGAUAGAUGUAUACGAUUCCAUGAUUUCAUGAUAUAUGUUUUGAUUCUUUUCUUUUCUUUUUUCUUUUGCUUUUUAGACAGUCCAGAUUCACCCGAACAGCAGCUUGUUUCAAGAGCAGCCAAGAUGGGUGAUCUACCACGAACUCGUGUUUACCACCAAAGAAUUUAUGAGACAGGUAGGGUCGUAUGAGUAAGGUCAAUAGUUUCAUGAUUUUGCGACCUUAAAGCGUAGUUUCUAACGGACUGUACAAUGUUAGUGCCCGUUUCAUUUUCCGGAAAUUCCAGUUGGAAACUAAAAGGGGGGCGUCUUUUCGAGGUCAAGAUCAGAGUUCCUGAUUUGUCCUGUUUACGUUUCUGUGUUUUUAGAUUAUUGAGAUCGAGAACAAGUGGCUGUUGGAGGUAGCACCUCACUAUUAUAAAGCCAAGGAAAUUGAAGAUAGCUCCAAUAAAAAGAUGCCAAAAAGCACAGGAGUCACGAAAGAACAGGUCCGGUCCACCACGUGAUGAUAGCUGAAUACGUUACAAAGAACUCCUAACGUCAAAGAGAGAAAGAGGACAGAGUGGUUUCCUCAACUGGCACUGCCAGUUGCUGUGACACGUAAUAUCUCCGGCAUGCACACAGUUCGUCUUCCAAUAAUUGUAACCUGGAAGUUGUUACUUCAGGCUAGAGACACGUCCGGUGUGAUUUAAACUCGGAAAUGCAAAAAUUUCCAUGACUUUCUAGCACCUUUCAAUCUCAGAAAAAUAUCAGUCCUCAAAGGAAUCCCAGACCGUUUCCAGUUUAGCCCGACUUUUGACUUUGGUCGUGGAAACAAGCAGAAAAGAGACUGCAUUAGCCUUGGGGAAAGUAUCAAGUAAAGCUUAAGUGACGUCGUAGGUGGCGAGUCGAUAAAUCGUGAUAAGUUUAU